UAUAACACUCUGCAGCCAGCCACAAUGUGUGUCAGAGGACUGUCUGUGCUCCCUGUAAGUAGAUGCCUGCUCCAAAUCUGGUGUCUGUAUUACUGACUGCGAGAUAUACGAGGAAAAAUCGGUGCGCACAUUUAUCAUCCCAAGUCUGGACAAGGUUUUUUUCGCCUGUUGGAUAAAAAAAAUGCCCACGAUUGUAAAAAACUCCGAUUUGGAGUUUGACUCCUUACAACCGUGUUUCUACCCGGAUGAGGACGACUUCUACUUCUGUGGUCCCGACUCUGCGCCACCAGGAGAGGACAUCUGGAAGAAAUUCGAGUUGUUGCCCACUCCGCCUCUCUCUCCGAGCCGAGCCGCGCUACCUGGAGAGCCGGCAGCAGAGCCUCCUCUUCUGGGCUUCGGCCUGGGAGACCCGCUGGACUGGGCUUCGGAGCUGCUGCUGCUGCCGGAGGACGAUAUCUGGGGGGCGUCCGACGAUGGAGACCUGUUCGGCGGCUCCGCUUUGGAUACUAACCCGGACAACAUCAUCAUCCAGGACUGUAUGUGGAGCGGCUUCUCCGCCAGGGAGAAGCUGGAGAGGGUGGUGACGGAGAAACUCGGCAAGGCGAUUUCCAUUUCUACUGGAGCCACCACCAGCAGGAGCGUGUGCGUAAAGCUGCCGGAGGUUGUGAGCUGCAGCUCGGCGUCAGAGUGCGUGGACCCCACGGUAGUCUUCCCUUUCCCGGUGAACAACAAGAAGAACAGCAGCAGGGACUCAACCGAGACUGUAAACACACCCACAACCCACGGGAGCGCUCCCAGUGACUCCGAAGAGGAAGAUGACGAAGAAGACGACGACGACGAAGAAGACGAAGAAGAAGAAGAAGAAGAAGAAGACGAGGAGGAGGAUGAUGAUGACGAGGAAGAGGAGGAAGAGAUUGAUGUGGUGACGGUAGAGAAGAGGCGAUCCACAAUCAGCAAGGCGUCACCAAUGGCGACGGGUACGGUUACUAUAUCUGUGCAUCCCAAGAGCCAAGAGGCGAGAGGGUCCGGCGUGGUGAGCCGGUUCGUCAGCAGAGCUCCUCAGGAGCUGAUCCUGAAGAGGAGCUCGGUCCACCAGCAGCAACACAACUACGCAGCGCCCUCGCCGUACGCUUCGGACGACGACCCCGCCCCGCCGCCAAAGAAGCAGAGGACAUCAGACGCCCCCCGACCUCCCACCAGAACCAUCUCGUCGUCCUCCUCGUCGUCCUCCACGUCCUGCAGCUCGGUCACCAGCACGUCGGGGCCGCGCAGCAAGCGCAGCGCCAGCGGGGACAGCAGCCCGCGCGGCAGCUCCGACUCGGAGGACAGCGAGCGUCGGCGCAACCACAACAUCCUGGAGCGCCAGCGCCGCAACGACCUGCGCUCCAGCUUCCUGACGCUGCGCGACCACGUGCCGGAGCUGGCGCACAACGAGAAGGCGGCCAAGGUGCUGAUCCUGAAGAAGGCCACAGAGUACGUGAGCUCGCUGGAGACGGAGGAGACGAGGCUGCAGCAGGAGAAGGACAGGCUCCAAGCCCGCCGGCAGCAGCUGAUGCGCAGGCUGGAGCAGGCUAGGACUCGCUAACAGACAACCACUACAACACGGAAACACUCACAUACACCCUGGAUGACCCCCACUACCCACAACUCCACCUCCACCUCAGUCUGAAACACAACUAGAUGCACACACACAUAGGCCUAUACAGCUAAGCACAAACACAUAGGCCUGCAUAUCUGUCGCGCACACACACAAACAUCUCAGAGGACGUUUAUCUCCAGACACACACACCUGGAGGAAAAGGGACAGGGGUCGCCCGGGGGGAUGCUCGGACUUUCACUGCCGCCACUUUUUUUGCACAUUUGUUGACGUUAAGAAUGUUUAGGGUUUACUUUUUCAAUCCAGUCACAUUGAGGAAAGAUAAAAAAAGAGAAAAGAAUGAGGAAGAAGAGAGGACACACCUUGUUUUGUCUUCCCUUCCUCUGGUUUUUUAUAUCAUUUGUAUUUUUUUUGUACUCACUGUGACACCAGCCUGGAAUCAGGUGAUUCCCACAGGGAUGGGUGUAAGAGGGCACUUUGCUUGGAGAGUUCACGUACAAGACGCAGUGCACACUUACUUUGCCUUCACCACUGCAACAAAACUGAAGAGACUAUAUAUAUGACGACUGAGGGUCACACAAGCAAUGCCACUACAGGUUCUCUUUCUUCUCUCACUCCUCUCUCACACUGGUGCUCAAACCAAGUCAGUGGAUGUAUAACUGUGCACCUUGCUAGCCGACACUUUUGUAUAUAACAAUAGUGUACAGACAAAAAUAAACUCAGAUCUGCCUUGUUUUGUAAUACAUUUUGUCCUUGUUUUUUUAUAUAUACAUGUCAGGAAGCUGCCAAUAACUAGACUGGAAGUUUAUAUACCUUUAAAAAGUACUGUAAGGCCUCGAUUUUUGAGAGUCAUGAAACUUUGUAAUAUAACAAUAUAUUGUUUUCUUCUCUUUUUUCUUUGUAUUGUAUCAUAUUACUAAUUCUACACACCUUUAUGCUUUUAGUGUGAACCUGAUACAUACUAAAUUUGAUACUUAUAUUUUCGUAUGAAAAUGAGUUCUCGGUAGAUAUCACUUUAUCUCUUUUUUUUUUUCUUCUAUCUCAAAUAAUUCUUUUGUACAGCAAAUGUGUUUUAUCCUCAUGUACCUGGCCUUUUUUUCUUUACUCCUCUUUUGUUUAUAUUUGUAACUAUCGGGUGCAUAGAACUGGGUAAACGGAUAUAAGAUGUUUGUUUUUUUCACUUUUAAAAUGUACAUUUAGUGCUGCAACUCAUAGCACUUUGAAAUACCUCAUUUUGAAAAAUAAAUAGACAUCAUGAAAUCCUCA